AUGUCUUUUAAUGAGUACAAGGAGUAUAUAGAGGAAGGCGACUUGGUACUUGCGUGGUUGAGUCGCGACAAUUUCAAGCCAAUUUACAUUGGUGCAAAUGACAAUUUAAACACUAGAUAUGGCAGUUUCCCCCACAGUUUAAUGAUUGGUCAAAGAUAUGGUUCCCAGAUAUCUUCAAAAUCAGGCAAAGGUUUUGUAUACCUAUUGGCUCCAACUCCUGAGCUAUGGACAUUGUCUUUACCUCACAGAACCCAGAUUGUCUACACUCCAGACUCCUCAUAUAUAAUCCAAAGAUUGAAUAUAUCCUCAAACUCAAGAAUAAUUGAGGCUGGAACAGGAUCCGGAUCGUUUUCUCAUGCCUUUGCAAGGUCAGUGGUCAACGAUGAAAGAAAUAAUGGAUUGGUGUUUUCUUAUGAAUUCCAUCAAACCAGAUAUGAAAAGGCUCGAAUUGAAUUUGAAAGCCAUAAACUCUUGAACAAUAAGAUCAUACUAACUCAUCGAGAUGUUUGCAAAAAUGGGUUUCAAGUGAAUAAUUUUCCGGAAAAUAAGAACAUAAAUAAUGCUAUCAAUGGUGAUCGAAAUGGAAACACUCAGAUGAAUGUCACUGUCAUAUUCUUGGACUUGCCAUCUCCUUGGGAUGCAAUUCCUCACUUGGAUAAAGUUAUUACCCAAGAGCAUGAAGCCAGAAUUUGCUGUUUUUCUCCCUGUAUCGAGCAGGUGGAGAGAACUAUUCGAGCAUUGAGUUCCAAUAGAUGGGUCCAAAUUGAAAUGGUCGAAGUCCAGUCAAAAAGCUGGAAGUCUCAUAAGAUGAUGAUAAAGGAUAUCGACGAUGUUGUCAACAGAUUAAAAGACAUCAAAAGAAGAAAAAUAAAUGGUAUACAGGAAUUGAAAGAAAAAAACGCUCGCAGAAAACGAAACUCUUCUGACCUAGAAGAGCUCCAACCAAAUUCUGAGGAGGGCAAAGAAGCACCAAAGCAAGAAAACAAAAAGGCUAGAGGCUUCAAUCCAUUUGGUCGUGGUUUGAGAGUGCUUGAAGGUGACGAGAAUUACAACUGGCUGAACAUAACAAGAAUGGAACCAGAAAUCAAGAGCCACACGAGUUACUUGACGUUUGCAUGCAAAGUCCCCGAAAACAAGAGUAAAUAG